AUGGCCAGGACCAAGCAGACAGCGCGCAAGUCGACUGGAGGGAAAGCUCCCCGCAAGCAGCUGGCGACCAAAGCUGCCCGCAAGAGCGCACCAGCCACGGGCGGCGUGAAGAAGCCCCAUCGCUACAGGCCCGGCACUGUGGCUCUGCGGGAGAUCCGCCGCUACCAGAAAUCCACCGAGCUGCUGAUCCGCAAACUGCCCUUCCAGCGCCUGGUGCGGGAGAUCGCUCAGGACUUCAAGACCGACCUGCGCUUCCAGAGCUCGGCCGUCAUGGCCCUGCAGGAGGCCAGCGAGGCUUACCUGGUGGGGCUCUUUGAGGACACCAACCUAAGCAUCAUGUCUGGCAGAGGGAAAGGAGGCAAAGGACUGGGGAAAGGUGGAGCGAAGCGGCAUCGCAAAGUGCUUCGCGAUAACAUCCAGGGCAUCACCAAACCGGCCAUCCGCCGCCUGGCUCGCCGUGGCGGUGUCAAGCGCAUUUCGGGCCUGAUCUACGAGGAGACCCGCGGGGUGCUGAAGGUUUUCCUGGAGAAUGUGAUCAGGGAUGCUGUCACCUACACCGAGCACGCCAAACGGAAGACGGUCACCGCCAUGGAUGUGGUGUACGCUCUGAAACGCCAGGGCCGCACUCUCUAUGGAUUCGGCGGCUGA